AUGCCAUCCGUCUAUUCAUAUUUGAAAUCACAAGAGAAAAUUGAGUUAUCGUCGACUUACAUCGACUUGGAUCAUCAAAAAGAAGAGCCAGACAGUGUAUUUAGUGUCUUCAUAGGUAUAGUGAAACAAACCAAAUACUCUUUGAUCACACUCUUCUUCUGUUACUUCACAUCACUCUUCUUACUUCCUCGUUUUAUUAACACGGUGACACGAGAAGCAAACUGUAAUAACGCAAUGCAUUAUGGUAAGCUUGAAUUCAUUUCAGCACAGGUAUGUUCACUCUUCUGUGCACUUGGCGAUUUCAUCGGGAGACUCUUGGAGUUCAUUCCAAAGACUCCACCAACCAAAGUUAUAUGUUGGGGAAGUGUCGUGUACACUCUAUUGUCUGUUUUUGUUGUAUUACUCGUGUACUUCACAACAGCGGGGUUGGCACAUGAUGCUGUUCUUAUCACACAAUAUGUGAUGACUUCCGUUGGUUUCUUUUUAGGGCUUUUUAAUGGGUAUUUAGUGGCUUGUGCAAUCGAGCACUCUCUCAUCGAUGUCGAGCCGCGACUGGCAGUCGCCGUUGUUUCUCUUUCGUUGUACUUUGGUGUUCUCAUUGGUAACAUUUUUCAAAUCAUCACUGCCACUAUCGACAACGCCAUAUCGAGCAAUUACCCAGUCACAAAAUGUCCAAAUCCCUUGUUCCCCUUCAAUUAA